UCGCCGGGAAAACCUUGGCCGCUACGGCGGGACCGCGCGCUCAGGCUCAGAUAGUCGCCGACGACGAGCGCGUGGACACGUUGUGGUGUGUGCGCAUCCCGAAUUUCUUGUGCAUGUGCAAACGCCGCCGCCCCCAGCCGCCAGGCGUGCGUCGCGAUUUAAUUUCAAACAAUGCUCGCACGCAUACUGAGUGCAUACGCCGGCAGCUAUGAAUUCUUGCUUGCCGGAAAUAAUUGAAUAACACCACAACCACAGCCUUGGGUAUUGGCGCGCGCGGGCAUAAACUUAAAAUUAAAAACAGUCGAAAUCGCGCUCAGGCGACCACAAGUGUGUGUUGGCAUAGGUUCGGUCGGUGCGGUCGUAAACUACGCAACCACCGCCGUGAGAGCAACGAAUCUUAUUAAUUAUUCAACAACAACACAACAUACGACCAUCUCGACGAAGCCACACGAACGCGAUUUGAUUCGACAUGUGCGCCUCGAAUGUUUGCACAAUUAAUUAGCUGCCUGAUUAACGAAGAUGUGCGGCACGCCUGUGGGAUUCAUUCGUGCAAAGAUGUGAUUGGCUACUAUAAUCGUCAACUCUAGCGUUAUAAGCUACUAAUCGUAUUAACAAGUGUAUUGAUCUGGAAAUGUGAUAUUUAACGCGGUGGUGUGAUACGGCGACAAGAUGUUGAUAAAGGAGUAUAGGAUUCCUCUGCCAUUAACCGUAGAAGAAUAUAGGAUAGCCCAAUUGUAUAUGAUAGCAAAAAAAAGUCGCGAAGAAAGCAGCGGACAUGGCAGCGGCGUAGAGAUUCUGAUUAACGAACCGUACGAUGAUGGACCUGGGGGUAAUGGACAGUAUACUAGAAAAAUUUAUCACGUGGGCAGUCAUUUACCAGGAUGGCUAAAAGGAAUAUUACCAAAGACAGCGCUAAUGGUCGAAGAAGAAGCGUGGAAUGCAUAUCCCUACACGAAGACGCGGUACACGUGCCCGUUUGUGGAGAAGUUCUCCUUGGAGAUUGAGACGUACUACUUUGCCGAUAAUGGCCACCAGGAGAACGUGUUUAAAUUAAGCGGCUCGGAUCUGCGUAAUCGAAUCGUCGAUCUCAUCGACGUUGUUAAAGAUCAAUUAUACGGCGCUGAUUACGUCAAGGAGGAGGAUCCCACACAGUACAUCUCGGAGAAGUCGGGCCGCGGCCCCCUGAGCGAGAAUUGGCUGGAUGAGCAUUGGCGCGAUGUGCAGGGCAAGGCGCAGCCGACCGCCAGCGGGAUGAGCUUAAUGUGUGCCUACAAAUUGUGCCGGGUCGAGUUUCGCUACUGGGGAAUGCAGACGAAAAUCGAGCGAUUUAUUCACGAUAUCGCACUUCGAAAAACAAUGUUACGUGCUCAUCGACAAGCGUGGGCAUGGCAGGACGAAUGGCAUGGCUUGACAAUGGAAGAUAUUCGGGAGCUUGAACGUCAAACGCAGCUAGCGCUCAAACGUAAAAUGGGCCAGGCUGCCGAAGAGGAGAUCGACGAAGAUAACAAUAUGAACAGCGAUCACAAUGGCGGUAAGACGCUGCAACAGACGCUCGGCAGCAUUGAAAAGCAAGAGGAGAGCCCGCUGCUGACGAAAAACAUUCCGAAAAUUGAGACGGCCGCUAGCUCGGACGACUUAUCGCCGGACGAGCCAGAAAUGCGGUUGCCGGUCAAACACCAACCGAUGCGGGCGUUGCAUUCGCCAGCAUCCUCGUCCAUUAAGAGCUUUGAUUUGCAAGUAGCCAAUUGGCGGAUUGAGAGUUUGGGUCGUGAUUCCGAAUCGGGGUCGGAAGAGGAAUUUUUCGACUGUCAGGCUGAUUUAGGUGAAGCAUCCUGUUUAGCGAAGUGGAGUUCCCUUGACUUGCUCACUGAGGAGGACGGCGAGAACAAUUCACCGACGGUUGUAGUUGAUAGUGCGACAGAUGAUAGCAUAUUUUCGCCGACAUUCCUGCAACGAGUGGCGAGUGAACGAGGCAGCAAUAAGAAAAGCCUACAGCGCGGUAAGAUGAAUUCCCUGGAUGCCGGCUGUCCUGAAUCGCCCACGGCGUCACCGGGACAUGUCACCUGCAGUACGACCGUAUUGCUUUUAGUUUUCCACGCCGGCAGUGUAUUGGAUGCUAAUGUGGACUUGACAGCGAAAAAGUCGGAUGUGACUACUUUCCGUGGCGCAUUCGAGUCCGUCAUGCGACAACACUAUCCAACGCUGGUCGGGCACAUCACGAUUAAACUCGUGUCGUGUCCAUCUAUCUGCACGGAAAGUCUGGGAAUUUUAUCAAGCCUAAGCCCAUACAGUUUCGACGUGUCCCCGUCAUGUACAGAUAAUCCUCAAAUAACUCACGACUCCAUACCCAUCGGCGCAAUACCAUUGUUGGCGAGCUCAAAUGCCGAUUACCAGGAGGCAGUCACAAAGACAAUCAACGGAGCCAAUAUCGUGUAUCAGGAAUUUCUGCGCUCCGAAGAAGGCCAGGGAUUCACUGGGCAAGUGUGCAUUGUCGGCGAUUCGGUCGGAUCAAUUCUCGGCUACGAUGCGCUCUGCCGAACGACGCGAUACCAAUCGCGGCACGGAAGUGAAAAUAGCAUUCUGGAACACGACCCCAUGCAUCGCGUCGACGAGGCUGCGCUCAUUAACGAAACCGGAUAUCUCGUUGCGCCGUCGCCGAGGCGGCGGUCGUCGUCUGUGAGCGAACAGCCAAAUCAAAUCAAAUUCGACUUUGACGUGAAUGACUUUUUUAUGUUUGGGAGUCCGCUGGCGCUUGUAUUGGCGCAUCGGAAGAUAUCCUCGUGCGAAGAGAAAAAUGUUUCAAUCACCCGUCCAAGUUGUCUUCAGGUGUACAAUUUAUUCCAUCCCACCGAUCCGGUUGCUUCCAGGUUGGAGCCGCUGUUGUCAGCGCGAUUCUCCAUGCUAGCGCCAGUUAACAUAGCUAGAUAUGUAAAAUAUCCACUAGGAAAUGGGCAACCUUAUCAUUUACUUGAAAUACUCCAAAGCAAUCCGCAAAUGUUCAAUGACUGUCAAGUGACGAGAAGACUAUCGGAAGUGUCCAUUCAAAGCACGGUUUCGGGAAUUAUUGAUAACAUUCCAUUGCAAGCGAUCAGUGCAUUGCAACACAAAUGGUGGGGCGGCAAACGGAUGGAUUACGCGCUUUAUUGUCCAGAGGGCUUAUCAAACUUCCCGACGCACGCAUUACCGCACCUAUUCCACGCCAGUUAUUGGGAGAGCAGUGACGUGAUUGCAUUUAUACUGCGACAAGUCGGCCGCUUGGAGGGCUUACCGCUGGCUGGCGAGGUCGAUAGGGAGAACGUUUUCCACCCGGGCCAACCGCGUGAAAAGUGGAUGAGAAAGCGCACGUCCGUUAAGCUUAAAAACGUUGCCGCCAAUCAUCGAGCCAACGAUGUUAUCGUGCGAGACGGCAUGCCGCAGACACUUGUGGCGCGUUUCAUGUACGGUCCAUUGGACAUGAUUACGUUGACCGGCGAGAAAGUCGACAUCCACGUGAUGCGAGACGUACCGGCCGGCGAAUGGACACAUGUUGCCACAGAGGUGACAGACAAAGCGGGCCGAAUUACAUUCAACAUGCGUGAUGAAAAAACGCUGGGAUACGGGCUAUAUCCAAUAAAGAUGGUGGUGCGCGGUGACCAUACAUCGGUUGACUUCUUCAUGGCUGUAGUUCCACCGCAAACAGAGUGCGUCGUAUUCAGUAUAGACGGUUCAUUUACGGCCAGCAUGUCAGUGACGGGUAGAGAUCCGAAAGUUAGAGCCGGCGCUGUGGACGUUGUACGACACUGGCAAGAGCUGGGAUAUUUAAUCAUUUAUACCACUGGCCGGCCGGAUAUGCAACAUCAUCGAGUCGUUUCUUGGUUGUCGCAGCACAAUUUCCCGCAUGGAUUGGUUUCCUUCCAAGACGGCUUAUCGACUGAUCCACUCGGCCAUAAAGCAGCUUACUUAAAUAAUUUAAUACAGAAUCAUAAUAUCAUUAUUCACUCGGCGUACGGCAGUAGCAAGGAUAUUAGUGUCUACACUUCCAUCGGGCUGAAACCAAGACAAAUAUUUAUCGUUGGAAAGGUGCCCAAGAAGCAACAUUCGCUUGCAACCGUGUUGAGUGAAGGAUACGCGGCACAUCUGGCGAUUUUAAUGGCGCACGGCGGCUCACGGCCGGCUCAGGGUAAUGCGCGAAUGGUCAUUCCGAGAGGUUACUUUGGUUUGCCUGGACAACCCUUCUCGAGGCGGCGAAGCAGUAGGAAUGCGAAGAGGACAACGUCGUUUCCAAACCCGCCAUGUGAACCCAGCACCCUCCUGGAACGUAGUCUGAGCACACGACGAUAUCAAUUGCCACCAACACUAUCGACAAUGGCCAUCAAUCCGAACCAUACUUAACCCAACACAGCCGGUUAGAAACAAGGCCCUGAAAAAAAAACUUGAACCUUUUCAUGUUUCAUUAUUGACUUGCUCAAUUCGUUACGUACCGCCACUAAACCAGAUGAUUAUAUUGUGGGUAUUGAGGGCAACGAGUCUGAGAACAAAUUAGAAACCAGGUAGAAUGGGGGACGGGGUUAACGAACAAACUUGAUGAAAAAUUACGCUUCUGAAUAGAGUUCUAUCAAAUAGAGAUGGUAUACUAAUCUUAAUCUUAACUUGGUGUACAUAUAACUUAUUAUGAAUGUUAUUGUGAAGACAUUAAACGUUUAAAAUGAGAUUUUAAUGGUAAAAAUAUGCACUUAGAUGCAAGAUGUAAAAGGUGUUAUCUGUUUACAGUGUGAUGCAAUUUAACAUAAAACUAAACGUGGCGAGAUGAGAGCAAAUGUAUACACUGUCAUAGCAAAUUGGUGGUCAUUUACGCUUCUAGCAAAUGAAGACAUGUUUAUUUUCUAAGCUACAAAUUGUGCCAAUUAAUCAUACAAGUUAUUGCGACCAUUCGUUUUCUGUGACAGGGGCUUCUGCAAGUGUGAUUUCCAUAUGAAUCAUUUUGGUGCUGGUUAAACAAAGGAUUCGAAGUUGAUGUAAGUUAUGAAGAGCCACCUACAAUUAGUAAAUACUAAAAAUCUGUUUACGAGUAAACGUAUGUAAAACAAGUAUUCACAAUGUGUGUACGCAAUUCUAGCGGAUCUUGUACAAAAAUUUAGUGCAAAUUAAACUUUGGACAACAGUAAUCAUUCUAAACACAAAAAAAGAAACUAAGAAAUGAGGACUAAAAAUUGUAUAAACAAUUAAUAUAUGAACAUAUAAAUAUACACAUAUAUAAAUAUAUACAUUAUAUAUUUUAAGAGAUUUAUUAAGUUUGUAUUCCGACGUAUAUAGGGGACAUAUUUUAUUACUGUUAUGAGAAGAAAAAAAUGUAUAUUUUUAACUAGAGCGUGAAUAAACCCAGGAAAAAAUAACUUUUCAACAACUACCUACAUCGGAAUUCUUAGUCAGGCAAGAAUCAUUGUGAUUAUUGUUGAUAGCUAUUUAUUAUUGGGCUUAUUCACGUAAUUUAAUAUAUACAGACAUGUAAUGGUAUUAAUGACAGCAUUUAAGUAACGGGAGCUAGUUACCAAAGAUUAUAAAGUUACCUACAAACAUAAAGACCGAAAUUACAUUACGAUUUGUUUUUGUAAUUAGAGGGUGUGAAUACAAAUUACGUGUGUGUAUAGAAUGCAAGCUUUUUAGAUGUGCUAUAAAAUGUGUAAGUGUAUUUUUAAUUUUUGUAGAGUGAUCUAUGAUAAUUAUAGGUAUAUUGUUGAGGGAAUUAUAGUUUGUCAGAGUACCAGAGGUGUCAGUUGCAUAUGCCAAGAAAAUAUACUGUGUAUUUCUUUAUUUUUGUGUUACAUAUGCCACUAGAUUAUAUAUUAUUCACUUGCUGUGAAUAAAGUUCUAGUUGUGAUGAUAA